UGCACUGCCUAACUCACGUGUUCGUGAACGUGAAUUUGGAAUGGCAACGUCGCAGCAUAAUUUGCAUUGACGUUACUAGAACUCAUGAACACAAAGCCGUGAAAUGUUGUUAGUUUGUUAAUACCUUUAAUAAUAAUUGUUAACUAGUUCUCUGUUAAGUUGUGGUUGAAAGUGUAGUGUGUAUUCGUAUUCUCCAGCUGCCUUCUAUUUGUGUACGAAGUGCAGCUUCGCCAUGGAAGAGUCUGAAACCAGCGCAGCGCAAGUGUCAGAUUCUGCAUAUUCCAACAGUUGUAACAGCAAAUCCCAACGGAGCAACAGCUCCAAGUAUGGCACCAGCAACUCCAGUGGUAGUGGCAGCAGUGGGUACGGCGGCCAUCCUUCCACUCACGGCAGCAGCGAGGACGUGUCGCAGCACCCCAAGGACAAGAAGAAGAAGAAGCAGCUGGUCGCGGGGACGGAGCAGGAGGGCUUGCCGGCGGAGGCCAGCGAGGGCAGCCGCAGCGUCCAGAGCAUGCACGUGGCGCUGGGCUCGGCGGGGCUCGUGGGGCCCAACUCCCCCGGGCAGAACUGCAAGACCGUCCACACCCACUCCCUGCAGACAGGUGCUGGGAGCGCUGCAGACAUCUCGAAGGGGGAGUCAUCGCCGGCGGCCGAGGUCCCUGAGCCACCGCGCCCCGCCAGCGUGCCCGACACGCAAGCGUCCAAGGAGGAAAAAUUCUCGGCUGUAGUGUCCAUGCACAAUGGCACAAUUCUGUGCACCUCUGCAAGCCUCACGGACGUGCUAGGAUUCCCCAAGGACAUGUGGUUGGGACGCUUCUUCAUCGACUUUGUCCACCCCAAAGAUCGGGCAGCAUUCUCGGCGUUCAUCACAGCCGGGGUUGCAGAAACGUUGGUUGGCACCAGUGGCACAGCGAGCACGGCACAGAACAAGGAGUCGUUCUUCUGCGGCCUGCGCAAGUACCGCGGCCUCAAGUCCAACGGCUACUGCGUGACGCAGCGCGAGGUCACAUACCGCCCGUUCCAGCUGUCGCUGGCGUUCAUGGAGUCGGGGGCCGCGGAUAGGACGACGCUGUCGCCGGGCGCUGGCCCCAGGGAGGCGUCCCAGGAGAUAUUCCUCCUGGUCACGGCCUCCGUCGUGCAUUCUGCGUACAAGGUUCCAGAUGAGGAGUACGUGUCGUCCAAGUUCGUGACGCGCCACUCGGCGGGUUGUGUCAUGAACCACGUGGAUGCGGAGGCGGUCCGCUACCUGGGGUACCUGCCCCAGGACAUGUUGAACCGCAGCGUGUUCGACUUCUACCACCCGGAGGACCUGCCCUUCUUCAAGGACGUGUACAGGGAAGUGAUGAAGAAGCAAGGCCUACCAUUCUGCAGUCAGCCAUACCGUUUUCGUGCCCAGAAUGGUGGUUACCUGCUACUGGAGACGGAGUGGUCGAGCUUCGUCAACCCGUGGUCCAAGAAGAUGGAGUUGGUGAUUGGUCAGCACCGAGUGGUCAAGGGGCCACCCAAUCCAGAUGUUUUUUCAUUUUUGAAGGAAGGUGAUGAGUUUCCACAGAUGGUGGAAGAAGUGGUUAACAAGAGCAAAGUUUGUCAGGAAGAAAUCAUGUCUUUGUUGAAAGAGACGGUGUCGCGCUCCGCGGUGGAAGUCAAGCAGCAGGUGACGAAGCGCUGCAAGGAGCUGGCGACCUUCAUGGAGUCCCUCGUCGGGGAGAAGUCGAAAUUGAACAUUGUGCUGCCCCAGGAGGAGCAGAGCAUAUCGGAACACAGUUCUGAAGUCAUGCUGGGCGAAAUAUCUCCACAUCAUGACUACUGCGACAGCAAGUCUUCCACGGAGACUCCACCUAGCUACAACCAACUCAACUACAAUGACAACAUUCAGAGGUUCUUCGAGAGCCGGCCGAAGACCACGUUGUCAGACGAGUCUGCAGAGUCAAAGCUGGAGAUGAACAGGUCGCCCAUCAGCACGGACGAAGAGAGCAAGUGCGUGCAGUCCACAGUCGUGCCGAGUUGCAGCGGCUGCAGUAGCAGCGUGGCUGUGACGAUGGACAGCCAGGAGGCGGCCAGCGAGACGUACAGGCCCCCCCACCUCACCGAGGCCCUGUUGUGCAGGCAUAAUGAGGACAUGGAGAAACGUAUGGUGCAGAAACAUCGCGAGCAGAGGGGAAAAGGAGAGAGAGAAGGAAAAUCGAAAGAAAACAGGCAGAAAGGUUCACGCGAAAGGCCUCAAGACCAGGCCCACGGCGUGAAGCGCAGUGGCUCCCACUCGCGGGAGGGCGAGCCCCUCAAGUCGGGCAAGUACUCGCACGCCGAGGGCCCGGCCAAGGGCACCGCGCCCUCGGGGCUGGCCUACGGCUGCGGGGUCCAGCAGGGGCAUCCGCCGUCCCUCGCGUACCCUGCGGCCCACCCUCAGGUCAACCUGUGGCCGCCGUUCUCCGUCGCGCCGGUGCACCCGACCACGCCGGUUCCCACCAGCUGCGUGCCGAACAUGGGCCAGCUGCAGCAGCAGGUGCACAUGGGCAACAUGGGCAACUUGUUCCCGAUGUACUACCUCCCGGGCAGCUCCGGCCCGCCCAUGAACAACCCCGCCCGCCUUCCCGGACAGGGCCCCAGCGAGCACCCUGGACCGCCCAGCUUCCUGACUCAGCAAGUGCCGUACGUUCCGGGCAUGCCCGGGAUGAUGUACCAGCCCGUGCAGCCCAUGUACGGCAUGGGGAUGCCCAGCCAGAUGAUGUACCACCCUGGCGGCAUGAUGAUGCUCCAGCCCACUCUGCUCCCUAGCCCCGCCACCCGCCCCACGACCAUCCCUCCCAUUACUGUGACCUCCACCAGGCUGCUGUCGAGCUGCGUGGCGACGAACGUUCUGAAGUUCCAAAGACCUACGUCGCAGCCGACCUCUGUGAAGGCGGAGCCCGGCUCCAUCAUGGGGAGCGUAGCGUCGGUAUCCGUCAAACGAGCGCUGUCCGAGUCGUCGAAGAAGGACCUGUCGUCGCCCGCGCAGAGCUGCGACGAGGACGACUGGAAGGGGAAGGACGGCAAGGCCGACGAGACCAGCUACUCGUCCUACUCGUUCCUCAAGACGGACAAGUCGGACGAGAGCCUGACCGGCAAGCCGGAGGAUUUAGCGUGGAGCAAAUCUGACCAAAGUGUGGGCAACCCAACACCUAAACCACGUCCAAUUCUUAGGGAUCCACCAUGGAUAGAAGGCGUCAUCACGUCAGACCUCAUGUACAGGUACAAACUGAAUGAACAUCAGAUCUCAGACGUUCUUGAAGCUGACCUCAAGAAGCUCAAAAAAUUAUACCAACCCAUCCUGGUGAACGACCAGCUGAGCCAGCUGUACCACGACAUGGAGCUGGACGGCCGCACGGCGCUGGAGGAGAGCCUCACGUCGAGCGGCAGCAGCGGCGAGGAGCAGCAGGCCUCCUACUGCCCCUUCACCCAGCCCCGCCUCUCCAAGGGAAAGAGGAAGCGACAUCCUAUGGAAUACAGCAAGUUGGUGAUGAUUUUCGAAGAGAAUGCACCGUUUCCACCCCCCAUUUCGCAGUGAUACACAUCAGUGCCACACGUUACAGAACACAAACAAGCCAUCUCCUGCUGACUUGCCAGUUCUCGUAAAGCUGGUGCCAGAGUUCAACUAUCAAAACACUUAACUCUUCUAUAUUAGAAGUUUGUUACUUUCCUGACGUAAGUUUACCAAGUCAGCUGGAGAUGCAGGUACUUUUGAUGUUACACUCACUGCCUACAGACUUACAGUAUUAUGUUGCUGUUUAUUCUCAAAUUUAAAAAAAAUAUAUAUAUUGGUUGGAAACAAUUCAUAACACUGUCAAAUUUAUGUGAUCUGAUGUAUUUUGUGUCUUAACAGAAUGUAUUUAUGUAUAUAGUAUGUUUAUUAAAUUGUAAAUAUUU